AUGAGUUAUAGAGGAAGAGGAGGAGGUUACAAUAACAACAGAGGUCAAUUUUCCUCGGGUCCACACCAGCACCAACAAAAUGUCGAUUCAUUCGUAGCAGCAAACCAAUACCCAAUUGAAAUAAUGGGAUGGAAUGGUGCGAGUCUGGGUGAAUGUAUAAAUUUCAUAUCUAGAAAAUGUAAGGUCAUUGUAUCAAACUAUUCCGUUGAUUCGAACAGUGGUGUUUUGAAAGGAUAUGUAAAGAAUGAAUCGCAAGCUAACACAUUAUUGAAUUGGUCAGGGGUGAAAUUUGCUGGACAAUCUUUGAGAUUUUCUAAAGGUGUAUCAAAUAUAUCCAAUCAGAUGGGAGGCGGGGCAUCGACAGGCUCUCAAUCUACUAUUGAAACAAUUUCCCAGUUUUUGAAAGCUAGAUACCAACCAGAAAUCAAGAUGUUAAAUCUAAGCAAUGUGAAACAGGAUCCAACUUUGACUGCUCAAGGUUUUUUUGGAUCACUAUCUGUGAGUUCAAAAUUUUUCCCAGCAUUGAUGAAAGUAGCAAGUGAUUUGAAAUUGGACGUUGACAGCAUUGAUUUGUCCAACAAUGAACUUCAAGAUUUACAAACCUUAACGUCGAUGGCACAGACAUUCCCUAAAUUACAAAACCUUUCCUUACAGAAUAACAAUUUCACCAAGAUCAAAGUUUUCGAAACAUGGAGACAUAAAUUAAACUUUUUGAGGGAAUUGAUCUUGUUUAACAAUCCUAUUGUGCAAACAAAUGACCCUGCAGAGAUUCAGACCAUCAAGUUAGAGUUGAUGAAAAGUUUCCCGAGAUUGGUAGUAUUGAGUGGCGAAAUAUUAAGAAAUGAACAAGUUUUGAUUGCCAAUCUUUCAUUUCCAUUCGAGUCUCCAGAAACAAUGUUUUUCCAAGAUGAAGAUUCAAGAAAUUUAGCGACAAACUUUAUUGCAAAUUAUUUGAAGUUAUGGGAUGCAAAUCGUUCAGAAUUGAUGAUUUUAUAUCAAAAUGAGUCACAAUUUUCAAUGCAAGUAGAUUCAUCACACCCACAUCUCAUUGAAAGUGGAAAUUCCGGUUAUUCUGGAAGUACAGACUUUGGUUACUAUUUAAACAACUCGAGAAAUUUGACCAGAGUCUCGUCAAUCAAAGCAAGAAUGGCCAAGUUAUCUAUUGGACAAGAACAGAUUUAUAAGAGUUUCCAACAGUUACCAAAAACCCGUCAUGAUAUAAUAGCGACACCAGAACUAUUUAGUAUGGAAGUAUACAAGUUCCCUACCUUAAAUGGAAUUAUGAUAACUUUACAUGGAAGCUUUGAUGAAGUCGCACAACCUGAAGUUGACGGGAGCGCUUCAUCCGCUCCCUCAGGUCCAAGGGGUGGUUCAAGGUAUCAUUCAGGGCCAAAGCACAAGAGGAUCCCGCUAAGCAAGAAGAGCUUUGAUAGAACAUUUGUUGUGAUACCUGGUCCAAAUGGAAGCAUGAUAGUGGCCAGUGAUACUUUAUUAAUAAGACCAUAUACCAGUGAUUUCCCAUGGAAAGUACAAAAAUUGCCUUCCAAUCCAACUGCCGCUACACCAGGUGUUUCAGCCACCUCAACUCCGUCACCACUCCCACCAACAACAAUUACAACUCCACAACUAGCACCACCUGGUACCGGACCAACUACAGCAGAUUUACCAGCAGAUAUAAAGGCUCGAUUAAAUCAAAUACAGCAAGAGUUGUUGGUGAAGAUAUUGCUAGAGACAAAGUUAAACAUUAACUACGGAAUAAUGUUAUGCGAACAGAGUAACUGGGAUUAUCAACAAGCAUCAGUCAAUUUCAAAAACUCGGCUGCUUCUUUGCCUAGUGAUGCAUUUGUACAAUAG